AUGGACGGGGCGCGCGCGGGGCGUACGGCGGGGUUGGCGCGCGCCGUGCUGGAGCGGGCGCGGCGGCGGCGGCGGGAGCGGGAGCGCGCGGCCUCGGCCCCGGAGGAAGACUCGGAGCGGCUCAGCGCUGCGUUCGCUUCCGUCAUGAGUUUCAUGGCCCAAGCCACGCGGGAAUGCGAGAAGUACUACAGCCUCGUGCCGGCCUGCAGGUGCGGAGAGCACGAAGUGAGACACAUCUGCAGGUACCACGGCCGGCAAGCGGGAGAGGAAGAGCUGCAGUCCGCCGAAGACAAGAAAAGUGCAGCUUCUGCAGCGUCCAGUCAAGCUAGAACUUGCCAGCAACGUACCAAGAAAGCUUCCAAAGACAUCUACAUUGAAGUCUCUCCUGGCAUUUAUUCUAUCACAGCAACCUCAGAGGACAUGGUGAAACAAACCCACAUGGUGGAUGUCAGUGCUGGACAAAGCAUUGAUUUGACUUUUGUGCUAUGACAUUUAUCAUUUGCUGGCAAUCAUGGGAAUAAAGUACUAGGAUUUUUUAAAGCAUA